UGUUAGAGUGUUGUCGUCGCGGCGGCGGUGGUGGUGGUGGUGGUGGUGGCAGCGGUCGUCGCCGUCAUCGUCGUCGUCGUCGUCGUCGUCGUCGCUACGCGGUACCGCCGGCGUGGUGGUCGUGCCGCCGGCAUUGGCGACGGCCGCCCGAGCGUCGGAUCGCCGCCAACGGGAACGGGCGCGACGUUAUCGCGUUUUUCUACCGCGAGUAUCAUCGAAAUCGGACUCCUCCUGCUGCCGCUGCUACCGCUACUGCGGCUGUUGUCGCCGUGGCCGUGCGACAACAACAACGACGACGACGACAACAACGUCGUCGUGCCGCUUACCGCUGCAUUUGGCGCGUCAACAACAGCUGGCGAGAACAGUCGCGACGUUCGUGGUGGCGGCGAGCUCCUCCUGAAGGGGAGAUUCUCGCGACGCGCGACGUUGCUGCCAGCGGGGGGUGUGUGUACCAACACACUUCACCUUCUCGCGCGCGCGUGUCUGUGUGUGUGUGAGUGUGUGCCGGGUCGCGCGAGGUUACGCGACGGUCGAGGAAAGUAAAGAAGGCCGCGGCGCCGCCGGCUGUCGUGCGUGCGUGCGCCGUCCGAUUCGUUUCGCGCUGCCCGCUGCCUCAUCCCCUUCCCUCCGUGUUUUCCCGUACGCGUGUGCGUACGUGUGACGGAUAAGAGGCGCGUAUACCGACCAUCUAUAUCAGUAGCAACCGCGUGCGUGUGCGUGCGCGUACGUGCGCGCGUGCGAUCGUCCGAAUCGUGCGCCGCAUGGUGCGUCUUAUGCGCCGUCGGACGACGUCGCUCGUCCACCGCGAUGCCGACAGUGGCUCGCGUUCCCGGUCGUCGCGCAGCCUGCCCACGAGGAUCCGUCGACGACGAUAGGAGACACGGCAACACGUGACGCAAGGUGGAGGAGGAGGAGGAGGAAGAAGAAGAAGAAGAAGAGGCGGAGGAGGAAGAAGAAGAGAAGGAGGAUAUUCCGCGGACUCGGGUUACGAGAGAGGUAAAUGAGAGUUCAAGGUCAGCCGGCAGCGCCGUUGUUGGACCCGAGCUCUUCAAGUUUACGCGGCCAAGAAACUUAUCCGUUGAAGAAGGUGGAUGCCGUGCCGUACCUCGGCAUCGUCGCUCCGCUUGCAAGUCGGAAAUAUCAUCGCGGGAGAGAAAUCCGCGCGCCGCUAGCCGGUCGGAGACAGAGACAGUGAGAGAAGAUUCGUGAAACGGAGCUCCGCCGCCGCGCGUUGGACUGUCACCCUAUUUCGGGACCGUGAUCCAAAGUGCGCGCGCGGGCAUAAGUAAAUAUACACGCUCGCUACGAACGCGUCGCGACGCUUGGUGUUUUAUGUGUGUGUGAGAGAGAGGGAGUGCGUGGGCUGCAUCAUCUGUGAUUUUUCGUGUGCGCCGAGAGGUGUUUUCCGUUGACAGUGCGUAUUUGAAGAGAAGAGAGAAGGGGGAGGAAGCAGCAGCAGUAGAAGAAGAAGAAGAAGUAGAAGAAGCGGAAGAACAGGAAGAAGGGUGCUCGAAGAGGGAGGUCGCGGCGAUUCCUCGUCUCUCCCUCCCGUCCCUUCUUCACCCCCGGCCCCCGUUGGGUCUCCUUUUGUUUUCCUACGGCGGCUACGUUGAAAAGGACUGGCCACCAAAUGCGCGUACCGCAAAUCCUGUUUCAUGUUGAUGUUUCUCUGGAGCAAACGGGCGGUGCUCACUAGACGUCUGCUCUCCAAGGCCAAAGUCCGUGGGGAGCAUGAAACCGAGUGUGAAGCUCAAGAGGAUUCAUCGUCACGUACGUUUCAUCGCACGAGCAGCAGCAACGCGACGAGCGGCGUCGCCGCCGGCUACGACAACAACAACAAAGUGACGACGACGACGACGACGACGACGACGACGGCGACGGGCCGACAAGAGAGCAGCAGAGUGGGUGGUUGCGGAAGGCGCAGCACCGCCUCCAACAGGCUGCACCAGGGUUGUUGCGGCGGGGACACGAGUCAGGAUGACGACGAGCAGCAACAGCAGCACCAGCAUCAGCAGCAACAGCAACAGGAUUCCGAUCGUAUGGUGAGGUGCAAGGAGCUGCUCAAGACGCUCAAGGAGAAUCAACUGGAGAUGUUGCUGAACGCCGUUGAGCACUACGGCGCCGACCUGGGCUCGUGCGUUCUCGUGCUGCGCCAGCAGCGACCGUCGGCCGUCGCCGAGGACUAUUCGUACGAUCAGCAGCACGAGCAGCCGCAACAAUAUCACAGCGGCAGCGGCUGCUGUAAUCGGCCGCAUCGUCAUCAUACCCGUCACUUUCCUUCGCGCCGCUAUCGUCACUAUCGGCAUCACCGCUCCAGCAGGCACCAUCGCUCGUCCUCCGUCGAGGACGAGGAGAGCUGCUGCUCCGCCUCGGAGGACUCCUCGUCCGCGGCCUCGCCGAUGAGGUCGGCGGCGAGAAACGGCAGCGGCGGCGGCGUCGUUGUGCCGACGAGAGGAUCGACGGCGUUCGACCCGCACCUGCUCUGCUGCCAGAUCUGGCGAUGGCCGGAUCUCGAACACUCCUCCGAGCUCAAGAGACUACCUAUGUGUCAUUCCGCUAAAGAUCCCGUAUACAUAUGCUGCAACCCUUACCACUGGAGCCGGCUCUGCAGAUCUGAGUCGCCACCACCCCCGUACUGCCUUAUCGCCGACAGACUGAGACCCGAAGAUCGCGCGCCCAGCGAAGGGGAUCAGCGUCGGUGCAGAAACAGCACGCCCCUGCCACUUCCCGGCUCGCUUACCACCAACGGAGAAGGUGAGACGGGGCAGAGGGAAUGGUGCACCCUGGCGUACUGGGAAUUGGGCGGUCGAGUCGGUCGUCUAUAUCCCGUGGAACCAUCGACGGUGAACGUCUUCGAUUCUCUUCACGACGGCGACGGCCUCUGCCUGGCGACUCUGGCCGAGAAUCACAUUGCGCCGCCCGCGGUCCAGCGUACGCGCAGCAAAAUCGGCCUCGGGCUAACGCUCAGCCAGGAAGCGGACGGUGUAUGGGCGUACAAUCGGUCGGAGAGCCCGAUCUUCGUCAACUCGCCCACCCUGGACGACCCGGAAUCCAGGACACUGCUGGUUUAUCGGGUACCGCCAGGUUUCUGUCUCAAUAUCUUUGACCGCGCCAAGAUCAUGCAGCUUCCAUAUGGCGGAGGCGGUGGCGGCGGCGGCGGCGUUGGUGGUUGUGGUAGUGGCGGUGGCGGUGGUCAAGCCGCCGGCUUCACUGCCUCCGGCCCCGUCGACAUUAACUCCGUCCGCAUCAGCUUCGCCAAGGGCUGGGGACCCAAGUAUUCGCGGCAGGAGGUCACUUCCUGUCCGUGCUGGCUCGAGGUGCUCCUAGCGCCGUGUAGGUGAUCAUCUUCGAGGCUGGCCGGGCCGAAGAGGUAUCGUCAAGUCUCGUCCUCAACUCGCGCCUCCUCCUCGUCGUCGUUGUCGUCGUUCUCGUGGAGGUUCGGUGAUAAUGAUGCGGCGACCGUGGCCUUUAGCUCCGUCCUAGCGAGAGCUGUGUUAAUAAUAAAUGCAUAAAAAGAACACGUGUGUGUGCGCCGGGGGCGAUUCUCAGCGGCGCGUGUCUCGGGGUCGCCCCAACAACCCCAGCAGUCUUACCAAAGUACACGCCGUUAAAGUAAUACGUUUAGGAACAACGUCGCGUUCCGUUUUCGUCGGUAGAACGAGAGACGGGAACGAACGGAGAUCGAUCGUUCGCGAGCGUGUUCAUCGAGCGCGUACGAACGGAGAGAUCAUCACAUCGAGACUCACAUGAAUGGGACUUGGGAUUUUUACGAAGCGUGCGUUUUAUUCGUAGUUCUCUCCCCUCCUUAAAAAUUUUGUUUUACUCUCUAUUCGCUUAGACGUCGAUGCUACUCUCGAGACUCCCGUAAGAAUUUCCGACGGAGGAAGCGGAGAAGGUCGGGCUUCCGGUAGGUCUAGUCACUUGCGUUUAUAAUCUACGCGCGUCGGCUCGCGAAUUCGCGCGCGUGGAUUCUGAAUUCAGCAUGGCAGGGAAAAGUUUUAGUCUCGUAAGGAUGAAGCAUAAAGCGAAGAGUAACAUCGACGAAACGAAGAGAAUAGACAGUACGCAGAUAAAAAGUCGUUUUUAUGUUGUCAGUUGUUCAAAAGGUUCAGAGAACGGUGGAAAUUUAAUUUAAUCUUCCGCAGACUGUCCUAUUUUUCAUUGUCAGACUCGAGUUGUCUAGGAGGUUAUUGAUAAACGAUUGUCUUUUUUCAAAAGUUUUCAAGUUCUAAGAAAUCUGAACAAAUUUCGGUAUACUCUUUUAGGAAUAGAAUUGUACAAUCGUACGAUCCUUUCUACAUUUUUUUGUACACGUCCGAAUUUGAGAUCAAAUCGGCAACGUGUACAAAAUUGUCCGAUGGAUUAAUGAUCCUAUGAUUCAUGGAUUUUAGAUUAGUCUGCAGAUGAUUAAUGAUAAAUAAUUCAAAGGUGACUGACGCAUUAAACAUACAUAGCACGGGAAAUACUUGGAAAAAUUCUGAACGUCCAGCUAUUUCUCGAUAAUUUUUUAGUAAUAGUAUAUAAAGUUACAAACGGACUUAUCGUGAACUUUUUCGCACACCCGUUACGUUUCGUAGAACUUGUGUUACUGACGAGACGGAUAAAUUAAUGUUUAUAAGAAUUUUGUUCAAAAUAAUUAUGUGAGUUUGAGAUAUAUUUAAAUUAAUUGUGCAAUCUUUUACAAGUUUUAUAAAGUAAAUUUUUUAGGGUACUACUAUUUUAAGAGUGUUAACAUUCUUAAGAUGUAUAUAUAUUUCAUUGUACAUAUUUAACAUUUUUAAUUUAUGUUUUACGGUGUUACUGCACGAAACAUAAAUCAAGAGUAUAUACAAAACGAACGGAAUCAAGUAACGUAAUAUUAACUGAUCAGGUUUCGUUCGUGAAUUGAUUUUUAUCAAAUAAGAUUCGUAUUAAUAAUUAGAAUUAAACUUAUUUAUGAAUUUUAAUUUGAGAAUCACGUGCUCGCUGCAAUAACACAAGUUCUAUGGCGAGCUGUACGUCGUAAGGGGAUAGUAUUUAAUCAAGUAGUCGCGCAACUGAUCGAAAAUCGAAAGUGACGUGCCACGAGUCCCGGGUGUGUGUUAUCUCCGAUCGUCGUUCGGUGCUGUACAUACAUACGUAUAGUACAUGUACAUACACUGUGCCUUCCCAGCUUCCCUCCUUGGUGCAGCGCGUACUCUCGGGAAACAAAAGUGCGCCACGUGCCAAGCUCGUUUCGCACGAAAAAAAGAAAAAGAAAAAAAACCGAUGCCUCCUCCUCAUGCGGAGCUUUAUACUACAGUAAUACAAUGUACUGUGAUAAGAGUUCGACGCGAGACUUUUCUUUCUUCCCUUUUUUUAUGAUUGCGAAGCAAGCGAGCUUAACAAGAGAGAGAAACAAAAUAAGAUACGUUCGCGUAUAACAGUUUAAUUAACGGAGGAGACUCUGCACAUCGGAAAUGAGGACCGGGUAUCGCUGGUUUUUUGCGAGAAUCGUCUCUCGGUUUAAUCGUGGCAUAAUCGUCGAAACGUUUCGUCUUAUUCUUCUUCCCAAAAUGAAUAAUCCAACACAAUGUACGAAGAGUCACAGUACUGUAAGAUACUCUUAUCAGAAAGAUUGGUAAGAAUCGGUAAGCGGAAAAAUAGAAGAACUGGUUGGACUUGAACUUGGGAACCUUCGACUUUGAUCGGGAUUUGAUUUAAAAUCUGUAUCAGACACAUAUUUAUUACGCAUGUUAAUUACAUUUUGAUGUAAAAGGAUUAAAAAUAUUUUUUUUUGUAAACAAUGGUACCCAUAAUACACAGUGUUAUACACCACUCUUAGAGAACACUGGCAGUAAAGAGAAAUGUUCUUUAUGCUUAAUGGCACGAACGAAGUUGAUUCCAUACUCCAAUUUUUAUUUGGAAUAAUGAUUAUUAUUCCUCGAGGCACUUCCUUUAUUACAUUGCUUUCCAUUAUGCGUUCCCUACACUGAGGGCAAUGUUUAGAUCUGAAAAAAUUUUCCAAAAAUUAUAGAAAAAUUUCUAUAGGAUUUUAAAGGAGAUAUUUUUUUUUUAGUCAAUUGGAAUAUAUUUCGAAUAUUCAAAUUACCUUCUUAACGUAGAUUUUCUGCAAUUGGAAUGAAAUAUAUGUUGACACGUUGUGAUGUCCACGUUGUUGGAAAGGAGAAUCAAAUUUUUAUAGAUAAAGCAUGCAAUAACGCUCAUCUUGCAAAUUAAACCACAAGCAAUAACGGCUAUUCAUAUCAAGCUCAAUAAUUUUUUUGCUUGCCAAUAAUAAGAAAUCUUUAUUAAUAUUUCAAGUGUAUCCACUGCUAAUAAUGUUAUUCUUUUGUUUCUAUCAUUUCCAAAACAAAAUCUAACAGAUUCUAAUGGCACUCUUGAAUAAAUUUCACAGAUGUAAAAUUGGAUUAUCUGAGGUCGCGAGUUCGAUCCCAGGCAAUCCGCAUAUACGAAUUUUUAAUUUGUAUCUUUAAAGAUGUACGACUUGGGAUUUCUCUGGUCUAUGAUUUACAUUGACUUGUUAGCCGUGUGUUUUUUUAAAACACUUUCUGUAGGAAUUAUUUUUUCGUUUUUUUUGUAGGGAUUAUUGCAUUACGAUCGUGUUACUGCCUUUUUUUGUAUUGAAUAUUUUCGUCGUCUCUCUCUUUCCUAUGGUUGAAUAUUGUAUAUUUAUCUCAUUUCGGGUUCAAAAAAUUUUUGGGGAUUUUACACAACUCGAACAAACUUAUAGAUACACUUCAAUUGCAAGCUCAUACCACAAAUCUUGGACAAUGAUGAUGUAAAAUGAUCGACGAGACUAUAGACAUUUAUAUUAUACACAAAUGUCUAUGGACGAGACACGCGAUGCGAAUACGUUCCAGUUCCAAUUUUUAGUGAUACCCAUCUCCUGUUCUGUUUCGUGAAGACGAUUUGAUCGUUACACAAGUUUCAUAUGCGGAAUACAAAUGUUUGUUUGUACGUUGCCCCGCUUUUGAUCCUAUCUUCAUAUCUUUUGGCCCUUUCUAUUCCGGAUUCCCCAUCCUACUCGCAAUUUUUCCAUUUCCAAUUCUCUAGUUACAAUAUACCUUGGUGUACAAAAAUCCAACUCGAAUAGCCAUCUUACGUAGUCUAUCAUUAUUUUUUUAAAUUUAUGGUUUUUUGGCGGCGUUAUUAAAAAUUUGUAUAUUUUUAAAGAUAUACGGCUUGAGACCCCUGGUCAGGGUCUAUGAUUUACAUUAACUUUAAACUUUUUUAUUUAUCACAGUAUAAUUAAAGGCCAAAACGAGCAAGACGGUUGUUGAUGAAAUUUAAAUAAUUUAUUAGAAUCUAACAAGAUUUCGAGUGCGGUACGUUUCGGUCUGACUUGACCUUCUUCAGCUGCAAAAAUAACAUUAAACUGUCAUAAUAAAGAAUUUGCACGGUAUUUAACGCAUGUCAAAAAUCCACCCGUUGUGUCAUUAUGUGUAAGGGUGUACAUAGUUGAUUUUUUUAUUUAUAUGUACGCCAAUUUCUAUCAACUUUUGGCGGAUGUUAUACAUCUUUUUGAUAAGCCGGGAUACUUUUUAUAUAAAUUAUCAUCUGUUUUUUCACUGAUUGUUUUGGUCGCCCUCAUGGGGUUUUACAUAAUUGAAACAAAGAUCUAAAAUUUUCCCCUGUAGUUUUGCACAAUUUGAGAUUGUUCCUGCCGAAUAGUCCCUCUUAUUGCAUUUGCAGUAAUAGAUAAUGCAAAUUCAUCUGAGACACGUAAAAGUACUCAUGUUAUUCAUAAGUUUUGUUAUUCAUAGUUAUUCAUAAGUAUAGAUAUUGCCAUGCAUGACAUAGAGCCACAUAUCAUACCUCAUUCGAGGAAUCUCACGUGGACAUCAUGAUAUCUAUAUAAUGUGUAAGGUCCUUAGGAUGGAUUUUGGAGUAGCCUGAGGUUAUUCGAAGUUCAAGUCACUCUCUUCACCAUUCAGUACACAAAAACACUGACUUUAUUUAACUAAAAGACUUCCACAAGUACAAUGAUCAGCAAUACUGUUAAUUAUAAAUUUAUUUUCCUUGCCACGCGUUUAACUUUACUUUUACCGAUACUUGAAUCGGGGAAAGCGUGCGGCGGGCACGUAAAUCUGAGGGCUGGUGGAGCACGUGAAACUCGGAAUCUUCUCUAUUAUCAGCUUAUUUCGCUUCUUCUUCACUGUCCCUUUUUACUGUUUCACUUUUCACAAUUUUCCAAGCGCCGGUAGCCCUUUUCCGCUCCGGUCACUCCACUUUACUUUUUACUUUUUACUUUUUACUCCAAUUUCCUCUCUUGCUCCGCCAACUUUGGUGAUACGUACUCCCUCUUCGGCUUCUCGCACUUAUUCUCUUUGAUUCAAAUUACCGCAACGAGCUUUUCGACGCUCUGCGCCUUCAUCCGCUAUUCUUAUCACCAAUUACUUUUAUGAGAACGUUGACUACUAUAUCGAUAUUUAUUUCGAAAUUAUCUUACAGUACACUAAGCUGAGUAUCUUACAGUACUAAGUGGAUCGCAAGAUCCAAUCACCCCGUAAACGGAAAUGGAUUUAAAAGGAGUGAAAAUUUGUAAUCCAUUUUAAUUCAUUUGAAUACAUUUUGGAUUAAAAAAUUGCAUUUACGUUUUUUUUAAUCCUAUGUCGUAGAUUUAACUGGAUUGUGCAACCCACGAAAAUUUCUUUUGGAUUCAGAGAAUAGAAAUCACUUCAUUUCAAUCCCGUUUCAUGGGAUUCUAAUGGAUUAUAUGGCUCGUAAAACUUUUUUAAUUGAAAAAAAUAGGAAUCCAGUAGCUUCAAUCUCACUUCAUGGAUUAAAAUGGAUUCAAGGAGUUCUUUUGAAAUAAAUUAAAAAAAUCAAGAAGUUGGAUUCGGUAAUAACCACGCGAAUCCAUUUCAAUCCAUUUCCGUUUGCCGGGCACUAGCUUUCUUGGAAACGAGAAGCUUUUUCGGUAAGACAAAGCGUUGCGACUGAGAUGAUUGAUGGCUUCUGUGUUGCUUUUUUUUUAAUCUGCUGGACGUCAUUAUGCACACCUCCGGUUUCCGAUAGCAGAAGGCUAUCGUGUGUAAUUAUGUUUUCUGCAUCGCUGUCAAUCUCGCCGACAUUCUUUAUACUGCUCUGCCUUUCGUCUUCUUCGGAAUGUCUGUAGAUACAAAAGCGUUACUUGUAAAUAAAGUGCGGAGAGACCCGCGGGGUCUCUCGAUGAUUUUUGGUGAAUUUUUGUAGCGUUGUGAAAAGUUUAUCGAAAGCACGAGUCUGCACUCUGAUCUAAGUGAAAAAAAAAAGCUCAGAGGUGAAUAAUGUAAUAUACAUCUUCGACAGAGUUUUUUUUCUAUUAAGAAAGACUAAAUACAUCUGUUACGUACGUUCGUAAAGUGCUUGAGACGUUUUUGCAUUUCGACUGAAACAUAGAUUCAUCUGAUGUAUGGAUUGUCUUCUUCCACUCUACCUCUUCGUUUUGCGUUCUUUUUCCUUUCGCGCCCCUCGCGCUUCGUCGUUUCAUCCUUGGUUUUUUUUUACAGUUUGCCUUUUCCAUCUUUCACUUAAUCUUGACCCCUUGCCCUUUACUUUCUCGAUUCCUGCGACGCAAUCGACAGCGAACUUUUUCGUCUACAAAUUCGAGAAUACAUUUCCUUAUUUCCAAAUUAUAUAUAUAUUUUUUUUUACUAAUACUUUUUUAACACGUAAGGUAUUGUUGAUCCCAUAUUUUUUAAAUGUAAAAGUUAAUCUGUAUCUAAUAUGGAUUAAUUUACCAUUGCCUUUGUUAUCUCGUAACGCGAGGGAGAUUGUUACGUCGGCAAAUGACUGUUUAUCUGAGGCGCGUCAAGCAAGACUGAGCUUUUUCGAUUAAGAAUAAUUUAUUCUUACGCCUACCCGUUGCGAGAUUCGUCUCAAACGGAACGAUUGGCUUUCGCCAAUAAAAGAGCCGGCCACUUGUUCGACGAGUUACCGUUUCUCUUGGGCGACGCGACGUGCCAUUAUCCAGUAGUAAUAAUAACGAGAGAGUAAUAACACUAAUGUUAACGACCGAACGACAAUUAGAGCUGUUUUCUAGCGUCUACUAAUUCAUAACUGCUAUCGGCCGACCGACCACUCCACGUGUCUGUGGGCUAGGUUUAAAUAAUCUUUAAACCAUUAUUAGACAUGCAAUACGAAAGUUCCUCGUUAGCGAGAUUAGAUGCCUUCGAGUCGCGAGUCUCAUCUAUAAUUGACGGUUUAUCAUCGCGAUCCGAGUUCGAUAAAAAAGAAAUUUCUUCGCACGGGGAGGAAAACAUAUACGUGACAAUAAAGCAGGAGGAGAUUGCCGAGCGGGUUUUCUGUUUCGUGAAGAAAAUAUUCAGAGAGGGAGAACGGAGGCAGAACGAACGACGAGCCAAAGGUAAAAUUGCGCAAACGAACGAAUGAAGGCAGCUGAUUUCCUUAUAAGGACCCUACGUCUGUGAAACAUAGUGCCUUUAUAUAGCCGUUCACUGUUACAUUUAAUUAGUGUUUAGAGCGAGGGAGACAAUUAGCGAUUAUCACGCGUAAAUCGGUAAAUACUACUGUUAUGGAUAAGUAUUGUAAGCGCUUCAUCGGCAUCGGUACGGUAUUACUGCCCGUCUUCGAAAGGGAAAUGAAACGGGGCAAGAGGGAGCCCUCUGCUCGUGUACGUAUCUUUCCUCCUUCCAAACUUGAUCCUCUCUUCUCCUUUCUCUUCAUCGUAAAGAGUCCUGAAUCAACGAUAUACACCGGAUCGACUGAACUUUGAUAAAAAAAAAAAAAUUAAAAAGGAAAAAAGAUUUUUCGACGUACUUAGACGAAUUCCUGCCGUGUCCUACGUUCUAGGGUUGCGCUUUGCGCCCGUUAGGAUGUAACGAAUAAACAAAUAGUGCCUUACCAAGAGAUACUGUGCUUUUCGAAAGUUCAAAUAAUCGGGGAGUAGAGAGACGCGCUUUAUAAUACGAACAGCUUUUAGAUUUUUCCUGAUCGUGGAUACGCGCACCUCGAAUUGCGUAAUGUCGUCAAACUGAUAAAAAAAAAAAAAAUUUUUCUUCGCCAUCGCAGAAGACUUAUCGAUGUCGAUCGUCUCUUGGCGCUUUUAAGAUCGAUCGAUUCCCACCGGAAAUUGGUAUCGCAACUUGUCGACGAAUUUAGAAAUUGUUGGAAAUCUAAAAGGAAGAAAGUGACUCGAGAAGAAAUAUUUCUAGUCGAUUAAGAAGAAAAAUUCUCGAAAAUCCUAAAUACGAUAGUAAUAUUUGGAAAAUACUGAUCUGAACAUGAAAAUAAGGACUCUAUCGGAGUAAAAAGUCUUGAAAUAUUAAUUAUACAUUAUUUUAUCUUUUGCAACAUAAUUUUGUUAAUCGUUCGGUAGUUUCGGAAUUCGUCGACGCAGACACGCGACGAUUACACCGUCGCACGGCGAUCAUUUUUAUAAUAUAAUUUCCGACUUGGAAUCGAGUCACGACAAGAGCGGAGAUCGUUAUUUCGCUUCAGUGUUCACCGAUAACGUAAACGUUAUCGCUGAAAGAGCUUUCGAUUAGGCACCGCGACUCCUCAUUUUUGAAUCACGCGCAAUAAAAUAUACAACAAAAAAAAGUAUAUAUAGAUUAUAUAUAUAUGUUAUACGUAUAAUCGGUGCGGAAGGAGAAUGCACAACGAAGAAUCGAAAUAAAACAAACGCUGCUGUAUAUAUUGUACAUAAGGUGUGUACGCACGCGCGCGCAUACGCAUAUAUGUAUAUUAUACUAUGUAUAUAUUAUGUAUUACAUCGUUGGCGACGACGAUAAUAGUAAUAACGAAUGGUAGUAACGAAUAAUAAUUAAAGAAUGCAGGUACCGAGAGUAAGUGCGAAUAGUGUAACGAAAUAACGAUAUUAUUAGGUAACUCCCGAGAACUCAUAAUAUUAUUUUCAAUAUCAUUGUAUUCGAUUCCGAAACGAGAAGCGUAAAACGCUUACCGAGCGAACGUGAUCGUGUAUCGAAGAUCAAGGAAGUUCUCUCCACUCAUUUUUACGAAAAAGAAAUAAAACAAAUAUACGAAAUUGCAGAUUUGUA